GUAGUACUUCUCAAUGAGAAUAUACCAAGAUGAAAAACUACAGCCUUUUAUUCAAUGACUAAAUAAUAAUGACCCAAAUAAUGGCCAAAUCUGGAAUAUUAGAUAUCUCUUUUUAGAAACAGAAAAGAUUUCAUGCUUUUAGUUUUAACUUAUAUAUGGUUUCAGGUGAAGGAGAUUCAGUUAUUUUUCUGAGAUCCUAAAGUUUCUGUGACUAAACCGCCCAUUUUAAAUAAUGAGGUGAUGUACAUUACCACAUCCAGGGCCACUGAAUGCUACUGGAAAAUGAUCACUGUGAAGCCUUUGUUUCAUGUGAACAUAGAGUCUGGACAAAGGAGCAAAGGCGAAAAGGAAAAGCAGGAAGUCUGUUCUGGACUUGGAUGGGAUCCCAAAGAGCCUCUUUUGCCAAUAAAGAUCUGAGGAAUGAUUCAAUUCCCCACAAAGCAGUGUUUUUCCAAGAGCAGUGAUUUCCAAGAGAAUCACUCAUAAGCAGUGCCAUCGAGGUACAUGCGCCAUUUUGUGAUUUUCUUUUCUCUUUGAGGCUGCUUAUCCAAUAAACUAAUAGUGAAGUAUGGAUUGCUCUGAUUUGCAAGUUCACGCGUAUUUUCUGUUAAGCAGACCUACUUCUCUCGCUUUUGUGAGAUUAUUACCUAGUUAGACAUGCCUGCUAAAAUCCAAAAUAAUGCGUGCUGUGCAUUACAUCACAGAAUGUGUGACUAAGCUGUUCAAAGAUAUCUACUUUCAAGGAGGAGACAUUACUACUGUUUUCACGCCAAGCGCCAAGCACUGCCAAGUUGUCUGCACGCACCACCCAAGGUGUUUGCUCUUCACUUUUAUAGCAGAAUCAUCACCUGAAGAUCCUACCAAAUGGUUUACUUGUAUCCUGAAAGACAGUGUUACAGAAACACUGCCAAUGGUGAAUAUGACAGGAGCAAUUUCUGGAUAUUCUUUCAAGCAAUGUUCGCACCAAAUAAGUGCUUGCAACAAAAAUAUUUAUGUGGAUGUAGACAUGAAGGGCUUGAACUAUAAUAGCUCUAUUGCCAAGAAUGCUCAGGAAUGCCAGGAGAGAUGCACGAAUGACAUGCACUGUCACUUUUUUACAUAUGCAACGAGGUGGUUUCCAAGUGUAGAGCAUCGUAACAUUUGUCUGCUGAAGUAUACCCAAACAGGGACACCAACCAGAAUAACGAAGCUCAGCGAAGUGGUGUCUGGCUUUUCACUGAAAUCCUGUGCCCUUUCUAAUCUAGCUUGUAUUAGGGACAUUUUCCCUAGUACGGUGUUUGCAGACAGUAACAUUGACAGUGUCGUGGCUCCAGAUGUCUUUGUCUGUCGCCGCAUUUGUACUCACCAUCCCAACUGUUUGUUUUUUACCUUCUUUUCUCAAGAGUGGCCUAAAGAGUCCGAAAGAAAUCUUUGUCUCCUUAAAACAUCUGUGAGUGGAUUACCAAGUACACGCAUUAAAAAGAACAAAGCUCUGUCUGGGUUCAGCCUACAGAGCUGCAGGCACAGCGUCCCAGUGUUCUGUCAUCCUUCAUUUUAUCAUGACACUGAUUUCUUGGGAGAAGAACUGGACAUUGUUGAUAUGAAAGGGCACGAAGCCUGCCAGAAAAUGUGUACCGACACCAGCCGCUGCCAGUUUUUUACCUAUUCUCCGCCUCAUGAAUCUUGCAACGGAGGGAAGGGUAAAUGUUACUUAAAACUUUCUUCAAAUGGAUCUCCAACUAAAAUUCUUUAUGGGAGAGGAGGCAUCUCUGGAUAUACAUUACGGUUGUGUAAAAUGGAUAACGCUUGUACAACCAAAAUCAAGCCCAGAGUUGUUGGAGGAAGGGCGUCUGUUCCUGGUGAGUGGCCAUGGCAGAUAACUUUGCACAUCAUCUCACCCACCCAGAAACACCUGUGUGGAGGCUCCAUCAUUGGAAACCAGUGGAUAUUAACAGCUGCUCAUUGUUUCGACGAGGUAGAGUCACCUAAAAUUUUGCGUGUCUAUAGUGGCAUUUUAAAUCAAUCAGAAAUAAAAGAGGAUACAUCUUUCUUUGCGGUUCAAGAAAUAAUAAUUCACGAUCAAUAUGAAAUAGCAGAAAGUGGGUAUGAUAUCGCCUUGUUGAAACUGGGAACAACAAUGAAUUACACGGAUUCUCAACGACCCAUAUGCCUACCUUCCAAAGGAGAUACAAACGUAAUAUAUAGUGAUUGCUGGGUGACUGGAUGGGGGUACAGGAAAUUAAGAGACAAGAUACAAAAUACUCUCCAGAAAGCCGAGAUACCCUUGGUGACAAAUGAAGAAUGCCAGAGAAGAUACAGAAGUCAUAAAAUUACUGAUAAGAUGAUCUGUGCAGGCUAUAAAGAAGGAGGGAAGGAUGCUUGUAAGGGAGAUUCAGGGGGCCCCCUGUCCUGUAAACACAACGAGGUCUGGCACUUGGUGGGCAUCACGAGUUGGGGUGAAGGCUGCGCUCACAGGGAACGGCCAGGUGUCUACACCAACGUGGUCAAGUAUGUGGACUGGAUUUUGGAGAAAACCCAAGCACCGUGAAAGAGUUCCCGGAUGUCAGCUGACUCCCUGAAGGACCAACCAGAUUACUCUGGGAGAGGGUUUUGAUUUCACUGAAGAAGACAACUGUGCCAUCAUUUUCCUCUACAGGUUACAAUACUGAGACAGACCCAAGUUGAAGGCGCUUGGCAUUUGCAACAAGACGCCAAAAGAAAACAAGCCACUGUUUUCAAAACUGCUGUUCCAUGAUCCUUAUAGUUUGCUUUCAGCAUCCAGUCUCUUGCUUUUUGAUCACACCUUUACUGAGCCAAAGAAACACUAUAAGGUGAUACUUCUGAAGAUUAAAAUAUAGCCAAAUACAUCAGAGAAGAAUCGAGCAGUGGCACCAAAGGAUCAGGUUGAACUGCUGAAAGAAACCACCGUAAAAAGAUUUGUUAAAUGAAAAAUGGGAGCUGGAGAAAACGGAGACAAGGACGGUCACCACCAAUUUGCGAGAAUCUGCUCUCUGCCUGUAUGAACACAUCUCCUAGGAAAAGAAGAACGGGACUGCAUUCAAUGACAGGUUUUCAGAAUAAUCAGGAAUUCUUGUCAUUUCGACUUUGAAUAUUUUUUUUCAAAUUAGUUUGAGUAGAUACAAGCUCUGAGUGUGAAUGCGGACUCCGGAAUUUCUAUAUGGGAGAAGAUUAAAGGCAGCAACUCAUCUGGACGUGGUCCUUCAGGGAACUAGAAUCUCAAAGAUGUACUUGCCUAGAAAACUAUUUGUGCAAAGAUUGUAUGUUUAUUUGGCAUGGUUUUGGGGUAGAGGAGGCUGAUGGAGAUGAAAAGAGCAAGCUAAAGCCUUUCUAGGACAGUCUGCCACUGCCAGUGUGGGUUUGAAAAUCUACAUUUAUAGAUAAAUGUAUUGGACAGAAAUCAACAUAAAGUACAUCCAUGCUACAGAGGAAAACAAUUUGGGAACAAAUGGAUGAUUAUAGGAGAGUCUUAAGCAUCUUCAAGGCAGCUCCCUGUUUCUGAAGUCCUGGAGUUUCCCUUUUCCCUACAGUGCAAAUAUUUACCUGGUUGUUGUUUCUGGUGUAGUGUAAUAACUUAGAAUUUGCAUCGUCUCCACCAGUUUUCAAUUUGUGUCAACACCUAUAUAAUUUACCCAAGAUGAAAAAUAUUUUUUGAGCACACUGAGCUGUGCAGCUUCAAUGUGAGCAAAUAGAUAUGUCCCUUCCUUCAUGAAGCUUCCAGUCUAGUCAGCAUGAACAGCAAAAAUCAAAUAAUUACACAAGUAUAAAGUAUAUCAUUUAAAAUGGAAAAGAGAGGGAUGCACAGGGUUCUAUGAAAAGGGAGAGGAAGAAUAGCAUUUGGGGCAGGUUCAAAGAUUGGGACAAAAGGAAUUUGUUCUGAGGAGGACAAAACAAAAACAAAAGCAAACAAAAAACUCCCAAAAUAAAAAAGACUGGAAUGGCAUAAAAGGGCCAGAUCCAAAAUGCUUGUAGAUUCACACAACACUGGAAUUGAAAAGUAGAGUGCCACUAAGAUUACCAAACAAUGAUAAUUUUUCUUGUCUUAUUGUCUGUUCAUUACCGUAGUAGUCUGGAUGCAACACUUCACGUAAAAAAAGAUUAGGAUGUAAUUCCUGAUAAGAAAAGAUCUUUCCUCUACAUUCCUCAUCUGUGUCUCUUUUGUUCAAAAGGAGAGGAAGAGGCAUUAAGGGAUAGAGGAGGCUAUGUGUUACUAAUCUAUUUCUGAAUAAGCGUUUGUUAUUCCUUUUUAAAAAAAUCUUUCUAUAAAGUCUUUCCCAAGAAAUUUUUGAGAAAAACACAUAUUUUAGUUUUGUAAUAUUUAGCUUUGUAUAAUGUUUAAUUUUUGAAUAGCUAAUAUAUGCCCAUGGUUCAAAAAUGAAAACACCAUAAGAAGAUACAAAAUAUACAAUAAGAUUCCAUUCUCCAUGCCAAAAGAUGGCACACUCUACACACCCUUCAGCAUUUUUCUCUUUUUCACUUAGUGCUCUGUCUUGAAAGUAUUUCUGAUUGGUAUUGAGAGGGCUUCCUUGAUCUGUUUUUACAGAAGGAUGGUAUUCCAUCACAGAGAUUCCACGUUGUAUUUAACCAGUCCCCUACUGAUGGACACUUAGGUUGUUUCCAGUUUUUCACUCUUUCUUAUGUAUGCAGGUAAACUUGUAGGAUAUAUUCCAGAAGGAGAAUUGCUGAAAACAAAACAAGGAUCAAUGCUUUCAUAAUUUUGAUAAAUAUUGUCAAACUCCUCUUCAAAAAUUUGUAGCAAUUCUCUCCCAUUAGCAAUGUAAGAGAGGGUCACACUUUGGGUAACAUUAUGACAUCAAACUUAGGAAUUUUUUGACAGCCCAAUAGGUGGAAAAGGGUAUCUCAAUGUAGUUUUAUUUUGCAGUUCUCUUAAUAUAAGUGACAUUAAACGUCACAUGUGUAAGGUCACCAAAUUAUUAACUGCUUAAUUUUUAAUUAAAUAGUAAUUUGGCAGUUACCAUGUAGACAAAAAUAGAGUAUGAUCCUUGCAGUCUUAAAAAUAUAGUAAGAAUUCUUGUGAAAAAAAGUUCUAGAACUUACAUUGUGCAAACUGGAUAGCAGCUCAGUGUGCUGAACUUACUGGGUGCCUACCUUUCUCCCUGUGUGUUAUAGACGUAAAUUUGGGGCGGAAGUGACCUCAUCUCCAGUUCCAGGGGUGGGUCCUGAUUUGUGUGCAUCCAAUGACAUAAUCUUAUCUUCCUUUCCCUGGGAAUGAGAUCAUGGGUGAGCAGGUAUAGGCAGCUGGCACACGGCAUGCCCCAGCCACAGCGAUUGGCUCAGCUGUCAAUCUGAACCAUGUUUAAGACUUUGGAUUGAUUGUCAAGAGAAUAGCUUUCUCUUCCCCCUCCACUGGGGGCGGGAAGCACUGACCUUGGUUGCGGUGGCAGCAAUCUUGAGAAGCCAGCCCAGGGCCCCCAGAGACGUGGAGACAGAGUACCUGAGGCCUGAACAAACUCUGUUUCACAGCAAUAAAUCUCCUUUUGUGUUUAAA